AUGGCUUCUCUUGUGUCUACUUCUCUUAAAAGACUGCAAGGAAAAGUCGCAGUAGUAACGGGAGGAGCGAAAGGUAUCGGGUAUGGAUGCGCGCGGAGCCUGUGCAAGGAAGGCGCCAAGGUAGUGCUGGCAGACGUGGACCUUACUGCCGCACAGCGCAGCGCACAGGAUUUGGUAACGGCAGGACACGCAGCACAUGCGGUGAAAUGUGAUGUACGACUUAAGGCGGACUGCGAGGCCGCGGUAGCAGCAGCAGUGGCGACAUGGGGCAAGCUGGACAUAAUGGUGGCGAAUGCGGGCAUCGUCAAGGCCGCGCCCUUCCUGGACAUGACCGAACAGGCAAAAAGCUGUCUCUACCGCGGCCAUGCGGACUUCGACGAUGUCGUGGGUGUCAACCUGAAAGGCGUCUUCCUUUCCUGUCAGGCCGCCGCUCGGCAAAUGGUAUCUCAGCGUGAGGCUGAUCCGUCUUGGGCAGGAGGAGCCAUCAUCACUAUGUCCUCAGUAAAUGCCGUUAUGGAUUCCGUUUCGUACUUUUCGAUUUUAGCUGACGGCAUGUUUUACCAAGCCAUACCCACCAUCGCGGGCUAUAACGCCAGCAAAGGCGGAGUUAACGGUCUGACACGAUCCAUGGCUCUGGCUCUCGCACCGCACGGCAUUCGGGUCAACGGUGUAGGGCCCGGCAGUAUCGCAACCGACGUGCUGGCGUCCGUGGCGAGCGACGCAUCGGCGCACAGACGCAUCCUGUCCCGAACACCCAUGGGGCGAAUCGGGGAGCCGGACGAGGUGGGGGAGGUGGUGGCCUUCCUGGCGAGUGAGGCGUCGUCGUACAUGACGGGCCAGGUGUUGUACGUGGAUGGCGGGCGGCUGGCGCUCAACUAUACGGUGGUGGUUCCAGACAGCUGAAGAGAGGGAUGGCGGAGGGAGGGGGAGGCGGGGAAGCGACGAAGGGAGGUUCUGGGUUAUGAAGACCACUGUUGUCAUCUAGGACGGAGCGGAUUUCUUUAGGUUGGGGUUACCCGGGGGGUGUGGUGCAGGGAAGGGAAGGAUAACCCCCUUCCUGAUGCAUAAAAAAUAAAUUAGAGGGACAUCAGGCCGGGGACUGGGACCAGAUCGGUUGUUAUUGCUCGGCGUUGCACGUCAAUUGAAACACAUACACCCUGCCUUCAAGAGUUAGUUUUCCAUUUCCCUGCGGCCUCCGAAACCAGACGGUUGGUACGGCACGCGGCUAAACCGGAUUAGCUGCUGGCGUGGUGUUACAGUGGCC